UAGCAUCUAAGUUAAUUGUAAAUGCGUAUACCUUAAUUAUGUAGGGUCUAAGUUAAUUCUGAAGGCAUAUGCCUUAAUUAUGUAGAAUCUAAGUUAAUUCUGAAGGCAUAUGGCUUAAUCCAUAGGAUGUUGUUUAAAUCUGAAGGUAAAUGCGUUUAAUUCCAUAGGAUCGGAGUUAAUUCUGAUGGUGUAUGCCUUAAUUAUAUAGGUUCUAUGUUUAUUCUGAAGGUAUAAACCACUAAUUGCAUAGGAUCUAAUUUAAUUCUGAAGACAUAUGCCUUAAUUCAAUAGGCUCUAAUUUAAUUCUGAAGGUAUAUGCCCGUAGUUCCAUAUUAUCUAAGUUAAUUCUGAAUCUAUAUGCCUUUAAUUCCAUAGGAUCUGAGUUAAUUCUGAAGGCUUAUGCCUUAAUUCCAUGGGAUCUAAGUUGAUUGUGAAGGCAUAUGUCUUAAUUAUGUAGGGUUUAAGUUAAUUCUGAAGUCAUAUGCCUUAAUUCCAUUAGAUCUAACUUAAUUCUGAAGGCAUAUGCUUUAAUUAUGCAGGGUAUACGUUAAUUGUGAAGGCAUAUGACUUAAUCAUAUAGGUUCUAAGUUAAUUCUUAACGAAUAUGCCUUAAUUAUGUAGGGUCUAAGUUCAUUUAGAAGGCAUAUUACUUGACUAUGUAGGGUCUAAGUUAAUUCUGAAGGUAUAUACCUUCAUUCUAUCGGAUCUGAGUUAAUUCUGAAGGCAUAUGCCUUUCAUUCCAUAGGAUCUAAGUUAAUUCUGAAGGCAUAAGCCUAUUUUAUGUGGGAUCUAAGUUAAUUAUGAAAGCAUAUGCCUUAAUUGCAUUGGAUCUAAGUUAAUUCUGAGGGACUAUGCCUUAAUUAAGUUGCAUUUAAGUUAAUUCUGAAGGCAUAUGCCUUACAUCCGUAGGCUCUAAUUUAAUUAUGAAGGUAUAUGGCUUUAAUUACAAAGGAUCUAAGUUAAUUCUCAGCGAAUAUGCCUUAAUUCCAUAGCAUCUAAGUUAACUCUGAAGGCAUAUGCCUUAAUUAUGUAGCGUCUAAGUUAAUUCUGUAGCCAUAUGCCAUUAAUUGCCACGGAUCUAAGAUAAUUGUGAAGGCAUAUGCCUUAAUUCCAUGGGAUCUAAGUUAAUUCUGAAGGCAUAUGCCUGAAUUAUGUAGAAUCUAAGUUAAUUCUGGAGGCAUAUGCCUUAUUUUCAUAGUAUCUAAGUUAAUUGUGAAGGCAUAUGCCUUUAAUUCCAUAGGGUCUGAGUUAGUUCUGAAGGCAUAUGCCUGAAUUAUGUAGUAUCUAAGUUAAUUGUGAAGUUAUAUGCCUUAAUUCCAUGGGAUUAAACUUUAUUCUGAAGGUAUAGGCCUUAGUUAUGUAGGGUCUAAGUUAAUUCUGAUGGCAUAUGCCUUAAUUCCAUAAGAUCUAAGUUAAUUCUCAAGGCAUAUGCCUUAAUUACGUAUGUUGUAAGUUAAGUCUGAAGGCAUUUGCAUUAAUUCCAUAGGAUCUCAGUUAAUUCUGAAGGCGUAUGCCUUAAUUAUGUGGGGUCUGAGUUAAUUCUGAAGGCAUAUGCCUUAAUUCCAUAGGAUCUAAGUUAAUUAUGCAAGCAUAUGCUUAAUUAUGUAGAAUCUAUGUUAAUUCUGAAGGCAUAUGCCUUAAUUCCAUAGCAUCUAAGUUAAUUCUGAAGGCAUAUGCCUUAAUUCCAUUUUAUCUAAGUUAAUUCUAAAGGCAUGUGCCUUAAUUAUUUAGCGUCUAAGUUUAUUCUGCAGGCAUAUGCCUUAAUUCCAUAGGAUCUAAAUUGGUCAGAUAACCAGCUUGCUCAGCCAGCUAUGCAUAGUGCAGCUCACAGAAGGAGCUGUGGCAGGUCAGGGUGCUGCUACCCCGAGAAAUACACACAUUUUCCAGCCAGCCAUGUUAAAAAACAAGAGCGGAGCCGUGUUCGAGAAGAAGAGCUGUAGGAGGAUUGGGAGAUUCUCCUCCGACAUACACAAAGCUUAGCUAGCCACCUGUGAUGCUGCACGUGGGAAGAGCUGUAGAAGAAUGUGGUGCUGCCACCUCAAGGAAGGCAAAUCCUAUCCGCCCAGCUGUGUCCCUGUAUAAGGAAGAAGCUGUAGGAGGAUCUCAAUCUCCUGACCAGACAGACACAAAUCCUAGCCAGCCACCCAUGAUGCUGCACGAGGCUGGAGCAGUAGGAAGAUCGGGACAUUCUACUCCAAAAAAUACAAGCCUCAGCCAGCCGUCUGUGCUCCAGAACACGACAGGAAGUGGAGCCGGAUGGGGGGGCACUACUCUAACAAAGACAGACGUCAGCCAGCUACCCGUGAUCCAGCACACGGAAGGAGCUGAGAAAGGAUUGGGUGAUGCUACCCUGGUAGACACAGAUCUUAACCAGCCAGCCGUGAUCCAGCACACCGGAGGCGAUGGAGGACGUGUUGUUCGUGCCCGGAGAAACACAAACCUUCUCCAGCCAGCCACGCUGCAGCACGAAGGAGGAUCUGCAGGAGGACGGGGUGCUCCUGCAGCCGUUGUGCAGCCUCCUGCGCUCACAAAGAGCUCCUCGGGUGGCAGCCGCGAUGGAGCAGGACUCUCUGGUGCCUCCGGUGUUGGAGCUGCAGGCAAGAAAGGCGCAGCGUCCUUGCAGAAAGCGAGCUCUGCGUUAAGCGGUGCAAACCCGGCUGGUGACUACAGAGAUGAACAGCAGAGACUUGUGGAGUGGGUAGCAGAAGACAUGGUGACCUGGGAAUCUUCUGGACAGUGGAUGUUUUCAUGCUACUGUCCUGAGAAGGGCAAGCCUAAUGUUUCAGACUUUCCAGAGAUCUCCCCUGAGGAGCUGCACCUGGGGUAUUACAUCUGCAGUGCCAAGAAGGGCACAGGACUCUACAUAAACGCUGUCCAUCAGUAUGUGCAGCAGUGGAGAACCAGGCUGCAGGAGCUGAAGGUUUUAAACGCCUGGAGAACAGCAUCGAUGCUCCUUUGGAGAGAGGAAGCGGACACUGAACCAUUCCUGUUUCUUGGAUUGGGAGGACAGCAAGCCCCAAGCCCUGGGUUCCCAAGCUCUGCAGCCAACAGCAGCAGUCCUUCAGUUCCAUCCGCAGCCUCCCUUCAAGCUCCUGGAGCGGCCGCUGGCCGUGGACUGUGGGGCUUCCGGGCGCUGGGAGCUCGGCUGCUGCAAACCCUGCCCGCACCGCUCCGCUUGCUGUCGCUGCUCCCAAGGCAGCUGCAGAGACUUCUCAGCCGGGAGCAAGCAGCGCUUCGGCCGCACCGACAGCCGGUGCCUCUGGACACAGCGCCGCGUCCGCGCCUCUGCAUCCCCACGGCAUCAGAGCAGGCAGCUCUGCGCACCGAGGAGGGAACUGAGGGCCGGAGAGCUGGAGCAGCUAAGGGCCAAGAAGAUCAGGCAAGGAAAGAUCCCUGAGGCCAUGACCAGCGGACCUUUAUACGACAAGGAUUGGAGUUAAUUCUGAAGUUAUGAGCCUUAAUUCCAUAGCAUCUAAGUCUAUCUAGAAGCACUGUGCCAUAAUUCCAUAGGAUCUAAGUCAAUUCUGAAGUUCUGUGCCCUAAUUCCAUAAUACCUAACUUAAUUCUGAAGUUUUAUGACUUAAUUCCAUAGCAUUUAAGUUCUAAAUUCUGAAGGUAUAUGCCUUUAAUUAUAUAGGAUCUAAGUUAAUUCUGAAGGCAUAUGCCUUAAUUAUGUAGGGUUUAAGUUAAUUCAGAAGGCAUAUGCCUUAAUUCCAUGGGAUCCAAGUUAACUCUGAAGGCAAAUGCCUUAAGUCCAUAGAAUCUAAGGUAAUUCUGAAUGUAUAUGCCUUAAUUCCAUAGGAUCUCAGUUAAUUCUGAAGGCAUAUGCCUUAAUUAUGUAAGGUUUAAGUUAAUUCUGAAGGAAUAUGCCUUAAUUAUGUAAGGUCUAAGUUAAUUCUGAAGGUAUAUGACUUUAAUUACAUAGGAUCUAAGUUAACUCUGAAGGCACAUGCCUUUAUUGCAUAGGUUGUAAGUUAAUUCUGAAGGCAUAUGCCUUAAUUAUGUAUAGCGUAAGUUAAUACUGAAGGCAUAUGCCUUAAUUAUGUAGGAUCUAAGUUAAUUCUGAAGGCAUAUGCCUUAAUUAUGUAGGAUCUAAGUUAAUUCUGAAGUCAUAUGCCAUUAAUUGCAUAGGAUCUAAGUUAAUUCUGAAGGCAUAUGCCUUAUUUUCAUAGCAUCUAAGUUAAUUGUGAAGGCAUAUGGCAUAAUCCAUAGGAUGUUAUUUAAAUCUGAAGGUAAAUGCGUUUAAUUCCGUAGGAUCUCAGUUAAUUGUGAAGGCAUAUGCCUUAAUUAUAUAGGAUAAAAUGUCAUUCUGAAGGCAUAUUCCUUAAUUCCAUUGGAUCUAACUUAAUUCUGAAGGCAUAUGCUUUAAUUAUGCAGGGUCUAAGUUAAUU